GGGAGCUGAUGACAGUAACAUGGGUGAUGGCUGUUCUCAGAAGCUGGCGGUGCCGGUGCCUAACCUUCUCCGCUUCCUGCUGCUGGUCCUCAUCCCCUGCAUCUGCGCCCUCAUCGUGCUGCUCGUCAUCCUGCUCUCCCUUGUUGGUGCCUGUGUGAACAUCACUCACAGCCAGUGUCAGAUGCUACCCUACCACACCACUCUAACCCCUCUCUUCUCAAUUGUCACAAACAUGAACGUGGAGAAGUUCCUCAAGUUCUUCAUAAACCUCCAUCGCCUCAGUUGUUAUAAGCACAUCAUGCUAUUUGGUUGUAGCCUGGCCUUUCCUGAAUGCAUCACUGAUGAGGACCACAGGCAUGGGCUUCUGCCCUGUCGCUCUUUCUGUGAGGCUGCCAAAGAAGGCUGUGAAUCUGUGCUUGGGAUGGUGAACUCUUCCUGGCCCAGUUUGCUCAAAUGUUCCCAGUUCAGAAACCUCACUGAAAGCAGCAAUGGCAGCAGGGUUUGCUUCUCUCCACAGCAGGACAAUGGAAAGCAAAUGCUCUGCGGAGGGGGCGAGAGCUUCCUGUGCCCCAGUGGCGUCUGUGUCCCCAGAAAACUGCAAUGCAAUGGCUACAAUGACUGUGACGACUGGAGCGAUGAGGCUCAAUGCAACUGCAGUGAAGACCUGUUCCACUGUCACACAGGCAAGUGCCUUCACACCAGCCUUUUGUGUGACGGAUAUGAUGACUGUGGAGACCUGAGUGACGAGGAGAACUGUGAUUGUCAUCCCACGAAAGAACACCGCUGUGGGGAUGGGCGCUGCAUCACGGUGGAUUGGGUGUGUGAUGGGGACCAUGACUGCGUGGACAAAUCUGAUGAGGUCAAUUGCUCCUGUCACAGCCAGGGCCUGGUGGAAUGCAGAAACGGACAGUGUAUCCCCAGUGCUUUCCAGUGCGAUGGAGAUGAAGACUGCAAGGACGGGAGCGACGAGGAGGGCUGCAGCGACAGUCCCCCUCCAUGCCAAGAAGGAGACCAAAGAUGCCUCUACAGUCCCUGUCUGGAUUCCUGUGGCGACAGCUCCCUGUGCGGCCCAGACAGCAAUCUGAGCAACUGUAGUCAAUGUGAACCAAUUACCCUGGAACUUUGCAUGAAUCUGCCCUACAACCACACAAAUUAUCCAAAUUACCUUGGCCAUCAGACUCAAAAGGAAACCUCCAUCAGCUGGGAAUCUUCUCUCUUCCCCGCACUUGUUCAGACCAACUGUUACAAAUACCUCAUGUUUUUUGCUUGCACCAUUUUGGUUCCAAAGUGUGAUGUGAACACAGGCCAACGCAUCCCCCCUUGCAGAGCACUGUGUGAGCACUCUAAAGAACGCUGUGAGUCUGUUCUUGGGAUUGUGGGUUUACAAUGGCCUGAAGACACAGAUUGCAAUCAAUUUCCAGUAGAAAAUUCAGACAAUCAAACUUGCCUAAUGCCUGAUGCAGAUGUACAAGAAUGCUCACCUACUCACUUCAAGUGCCAUUCCGGACGGUGCAUUCUGGCUUCCAGAAGAUGUGAUGGUCAGGAUGAUUGUGACGAUGACAGCGAUGAAGAAAACUGUGGUUGUAAGGAAAGGGAGCUUUGGGAAUGUCCAAUCAGCAAGCAAUGUGUAAAGCACGCGGUGAUCUGUGACGGGUUCCCAGACUGUCCCGACAGCAUGGAUGAGAAGAAUUGCUCAUUUUGCCAAGAAGAUGAACUGGAAUGUGUCACCCAUGAGUGCUUGUCACAUGACCGGUGGUGUGAUGGGAAAGCAGACUGCUCAGACAGUUCGGAUGAAUGGGACUGUGUGAGCCUCUCUAAAAAUGUGAACUCCUCUUCAUUCCUGACUGUUCACAGAUCUGCGACAGAAUACCACGUGUGUGCGGAUGGCUGGCAGGAGACAUUGAGUCAGCUGGCCUGCAGGCAGAUGGGUUUAGGAGAACCUUCUAUGACUGAAUUGAUACAAGAACGGGAGAAAGACCAGCAGUGGCUGACACUACAUUCAAAUUGGAAGAGCCUCAAUGGGACAGCCUUGCAUGAACUACUGGUACCUGGGCAGCCUUGUCUGAACAGAAGUAAGAUUUCUCUUCUGUGUACUAAACAAGACUGUGGGCGCCGCCCUGCUGCCCGGAUGAACAAGCGCAUCCUUGGAGGUCGGACGAGUCGCCCAGGAAGAUGGCCAUGGCAGUGCUCUCUGCAGAGUGAACCCAGCGGGCACAUCUGUGGCUGUGUCCUCAUUGCCAAGAAGUGGGUGCUGACAGUUGCCCACUGCUUUGAGGGGCGAGAGAACGCUGCUGUUUGGAGAGUCGUCCUUGGUAUCAACAACCUGGACCACCCAUCUGUGUUCAUGCAGACCCGCUUUGUGAAUACUAUUAUCCUGCAUCCCCGCUACAGCCGGGAAGUUGUGGACUAUGACAUCAGCAUAGUGGAAUUGAGUGAAGACAUCAAUGAGACAAGCUAUGUCCGGCCUGUUUGCUUACCCAGCCCUGAGGACUCUCUAGAACCAGACACAUACUGCUAUAUCACCGGCUGGGGUCACAUGGGCAACAAAAUGCCUUUCAAGCUGCAAGAGGGAGAGGUCCGCAUUAUUUCUCUGGAACAGUGCCAGACUUACUUUGACAUGAAGACCAUCACCAACCGGAUGAUAUGCGCAGGCUAUGAAUCUGGCACUGUGGACUCAUGCAUGGGCGACAGUGGUGGGCCUCUCGUUUGUGAGCAGCCUGGAGGACAGUGGACAUUAUUCGGUUUAACUUCAUGGGGCUCCGUCUGCUUUUCCAAAGUCCUGGGGCCUGGAGUCUACAGCAACGUAUCAUACUUUGUUGAAUGGAUUGAAAGACAAAUAUAUAUUCAUACUUUUCUUCAAAAGUAAUUCCAAAGCUGAUCAGAGACUAUUGCCAGCAAUGCUCAAAGCGAAGAGCCUUUUGAUCUGAAGAGCCCCCUAUAGAGAGCUGCACAGAGGUAUUCUCCGUGGACAGGGAUGUUUAACUUGUACUGAAAAUCUUUGUUUGUUGUAGACCAAUUUUACUCA